CGUGUCUAGGCGCCGCGUGCGGUUUCCUUCCAGUCUUUAAAAUCUCCUGUAAACGGAUUUCCCGGGCGCAGAGCUAUAGAAAGAAAGAGAGAACAUAGCCUGAUCUUAUUCUUUAGGGUUUACGAUGGCUUCGAGAACCAGCAGCGGAACUCUUCUCUUGCCGCCGUCGCCAUUCCGGGCUUGGCUUUCCUACUUUGCAAUUGAGAGCGUUAUUUUUGAUCCUCUUUAGAUCUGCUCUAGCGUUUCCAGUGGGAAAGAGAAAUUAAUGUGUUGACAGAGGCGAGUGUGUUUGCUCUGAAACAAUAGGAGGUGGUGAUUGCUUGGUGUUUAUUAGGGUUUCAGCUGAAUUUGGUGGAAGGAAGUGCUAGCAGAGUGGGGAGGAUGAACUCGAGCGGGAAAAUUAAGGUGGGGAGGUACGAAUUGGGGAGAAUGUUGGGGGAGGGGUCUUUCGCAAAGGUCAAGUUCGCGAAGAACGUGGAGACGGGUGAGAAUGUGGCUAUAAAGAUUCUUGAUAAGGAAAAUGUCCUACGGCACAAAAUGAUCGGCCAGAUCAAACGCGAGAUUUCAACAAUGAAGCUGAUUAAGCACCCAAAUGUUAUACGCAUGUUUGAGGUGAUGGCAAGCAAGACAAAGAUAUAUAUUGUAUUGGAGUUUGUGACGGGUGGUGAACUUUUUGAUAAAAUUGCAACCUGGGGAAGGAUGAAGGAGGAUGAAGCAAGGAAGUAUUUUCAACAGCUAAUCAAUGCUGUGGAUUAUUGUCAUAGCAGGGGUGUCUAUCAUAGAGACCUGAAGCCAGAGAAUCUGUUGUUGGAUUCUAAUGGGGUCCUCAAAGUCUCAGACUUUGGACUAAGUGCCCUACCUCAGCAAGUUCGAGAUGAUGGCCUGUUGCACACAACAUGCGGAACACCAAACUAUGUCGCUCCAGAGGUGAUUAACAACAAGGGUUAUGAUGGAGCCAAGGCAGAUCUUUGGUCGUGUGGUGUGAUUCUUUUUGUCCUCAUGGCGGGUUAUUUACCUUUUGAAGAUUCCAACCUUAUGUCCCUAUACAAAAAGAUCUUCAAAGCGGAUUUCAGUUGUCCUUCUUGGUUCUCCACCAGUGCAAAGAAACUUAUCAAAAGAAUUUUGGAUCCCAAUCCUCAAACUAGAAUAACAAUUGCAGAAGUCAUAGAAAAUGAAUGGUUUAAGAAAGGAUAUCAAGCCCCAAGUUUUGAAACGGCAGAUAUUAGCCUCGAUGAUGUGAAUGCCAUUUUCAAUGAAUCAGGGGAGCCACAAAAUCUUGUUGUUGAGCAUAGGGAAGAAAGACCUGCUCUGAUGAAUGCAUUUGAGCUUAUUUCUACAUCCCAGGGUUUGAAUCUUGGCACCUUGUUUGAGAAGCAGAUGGGAUUUGUUAAAAAGGAGACAAGAUUUGCAUCAAAAGCACCUGCGGCAGAAAUACUUUCAAAAAUUGAGGAAGCAGCCAAACCAUUGGGAUUUAACAUUGAGAAGCGAAAAUAUAAGUUGAAGUUGCAAGGUGAAAAAUGUGGAAGAAAAGGUCCUUUAGCCAUUGCAACAGAGGUUUUUGAAGUUGCACCAUCUUUGAACAUGGUGGAGCUCCGCAAGGCAAAUGGUGACACUCUCGAAUUUCACAAGUUCUACAAUAACAUUUCAGUAGGCCUCAAAGAUAUAGUCUGGCAUACAGCGAGAGAAGAGGAGCAGGCUAAAGUCCAUUAGAUUAAUGGAUAAAUUAUGCAAAUGCUUGAACAUCUCUUGAUUCAAAUCUGGCACAUAUGUCAAGAAAUAAAAAAUAUAGUUAUGCAAUAGCUAUGUAGAAAUCUUGAUUUUCUCCACCACUUGGGAAUUUUGUAGAAUUUUCUUUCAUGUAAUGAGUUGUCUUCCCAAUGUUAUUCUCAUUUCACGCCAAAGUGUUGUAAUCAUACUGUUGUGAGCUCAAAAAAUUUACGCCCCGGCCUCCCUGUCC